AUGGGGAAGAACGUGGUGCAGGGGAAAGGUGAUGGAGAUCUUGAGAAGGCGAUGAAGAAUCUUGCCUUCCGGGAGGGUGAGCUUGAUGUUGUUGUGAUAGAGCAAGCGGAUGCGGAGGAGAUGGAGAAGGAGUUCAGAUGGCUGGCGCUCGCACGGGUGCACACGCCGCGACCUUUUAGUGUGACGGGUUUCAAGGAAACCAUGAGAUCGAUCUGGAGUUUGGUGCAUGAUGCAGACUGCCGAGAGGUGGAUGACAAUCUCUUCUUGAUCAGAUUCUUCUGCCUAGACAAUUGGAAGAAGGUGAUGAACCAAGGUCCAUGGUUAUUUCGUGGCUUCAUGGUGGUGAUUCAUGAAUAUGAUGGUUUGUCCGACAAAGCAAGUAUACCUUUCAACCACACGGCCAUAUGGGAGCAAAUCCACUCAAUCCCGGAUCUGUACUGGCGGGAAUCGGUCUGUGAUCAGCUAGCCCGAAGGAUUGGCAGGGUGCUUAGUGUUGAGAUGAAUCCUCCGAAGUACUAUGAAGGGGAUUACAUCAGGGUGAGGGCCAGCAUCGAUGUUCGUGAGCCCUUGAUUAGAUGUGUUCCGCUGAAGCUCCCAAAGGAACGCUUGCUGCUGGAUGUACGCUAUGAGAAGGUUGGCUUCUUUUGUGAUGUUUGUGGCCUUUUUGGUCACACCUCAGAGGAGUGA